GUUCCUGUUCUUGUCAAAGAGAUAAUUCAAGCAAGAGAGCUAGUGAUGGAACUGCAAACUCAGCUUAAUCCUUCUUCUGUUUCUGGUAAUGUCUUAGUAACCAAAAUCUUAUCUAUUUUUGAGACUUCUCUUUCGAUACUGAAUCAAAGAAAGUUGGAAAACGAAUCUACUACCCCCAACUCUUCCAUGAGUCAUUUUGGAGGAAGCCUUUUUAGCAAUUGUGGUUCUGAUUUUUUCCAAGGCGGUUCAAGAAAGAGAUGUAGGAAAGGGAUAGUAACAUGGACACAACAAGUACGUGCUUGUGAACAAGGCGGGUUCGAAGGACCUGUGGACGAUGGUUAUGGUUGGCGGAAAUAUGGACAUAAAAAGAUUUUUGGAGCUACAUACCCUAGAGCUUAUUACAAAUGUAGCUAUCAAAGCACUCAAAACUGCUUAGCAAUGAAACAAGUUCAGCGAUCUGACCUAAAUUCGUCUAUGUUCCAUGUUACGUAUAUUGGAAAACAUAGCUGCAGCGAACCACCAGAGCUAAUUUCAGGCCGAUAUUCACCAAAUAAACAAGAACAUAUUCAUGGCCAUUCUCAAAUUUAUCAAGAACAAAGGGAGGAUAAAUCAUUGGAAGAGACAUAUAUAAACUUUCAAGCGUCAACUAUUCAAAUUGCAAAAGACAAAGAUAUACAACUUGAGUCUUAUCCUUCCUUUUCUAUCUAUUCUACUAUUUCACUACAGCCGGCCAAUACCAGUAAUGUUUUAGAAACUAGAGAAAAUCAUUUCACCUCUACUUCAACUAAAAUGCAAGUCCAUUCUCCUGCUCCUGCAUACAUAAAUACUCCCACAACUCCAGGAUCCAACCAUUUUGGAGGUCACUGUAACAGAGAAGAGUUGCUACAAACUACCGUUGAUUCCAUUGAAGAACUUGAUCAAACGAUAAGUUCGUUUUUAGCGCCGGUUGCAACAUCCUCGGUUAACAACGAUCAUCUGAUUCACGGUUCUCCUUGGGUUUGGGAUUUCGCGGAAGAAUAUAGUCAUUCAUAUUAGUAUCGUAUAGCACUAUUUUGUGCAUC